CAGCCGCGGGGCGCGCGCCACCGCAGCGGCCCCGCGGCGCCAUGACCGGCGAGAAGAAGAAGAAGAAGCGGCUCAACCGCAGCGUGCUGCUCGCCAAGAAGAUCGUCAUCCGCGACGGCGCCAGCCGGCAGGGGAUCGGCGAGCCCAGCGUCUACCACGCCGUGGUGGUGAUUUUCCUGGAGUUCUUUGCCUGGGGCUUGCUGACCACUCCUAUGCUCACGGUGUUGCACCAGACCUUUCCCCAGCACACGUUCUUGAUGAACGGCCUGAUUCACGGAGUCAAGGGCCUGCUUUCUUUCCUAAGUGCCCCGCUGAUUGGUGCUCUCUCUGAUGUCUGGGGCAGGAAAUCCUUCCUCCUCCUCACUGUGUUCUUCACGUGUGCGCCAAUUCCCCUUAUGAAGAUCAGUCCGUGGUGGUAUUUUGCUGUCAUUUCCAUGUCUGGAGUCUUUGCUGUUACCUUCUCGGUGAUUUUUGCCUACGUUGCUGAUAUCACCCAGGAGCAUGAACGCAGCACGGCCUACGGCUUGGUCUCAGCCACGUUUGCUGCUAGUCUGGUCACAAGCCCAGCAAUCGGCGCGUACCUUUCCCAAGCCUACGGCGAUACCCUGGUGGUUGUGCUCGCCUCRGGGGUGGCUUUGCUCGAUAUCGGCUUCAUCUUGCUGGCUGUGCCGGAAUCCCUGCCGGAGGAGAUGCGCCCGGUGUCCUGGGGAGCRCCCAUCUCCUGGGAGCAGGCAGACCCUUUCGCUUCCCUGCGGAAAGUGGGCCAGGACUCUACAGUGCUGCUCAUCUGUAUCACCGUCUUUCUCUCCUACCUUCCCGAAGCUGGCCAGUACUCCAGCUUCUUCCUCUACCUGCGCCAGGUCAUUGGUUUUUCCUCAGAGACUGUAGCAGCCUUUAUUGGUGUAGUUGGAAUUCUCUCUAUACUGGCCCAGACAGUCGUGUUGGGAAUUCUCAUGCGUUCGAUAGGAAACAAAAACACCAUCUUACUGGGAUUAGGCUUCCAGAUCCUGCAGCUCGCCUGGUAUGGCUUCGGAUCGCAGCCAUGGAUGAUGUGGGCAGCAGGAGCCGUGGCCGCGAUGUCUAGUAUCACCUUUCCAGCCAUUAGUGCCAUGGUAUCUAGAAACGCUGACCCUGACCAACAGGGCGUCGUGCAGGGGAUGAUCACCGGAAUCCGGGGGCUGUGCAAUGGACUGGGACCAGCUCUCUACGGCUUCGUCUUCUAUCUCUUUCACGUUGAGUUGAAUGAGAUGGCCGAGGUGGAGACUUUGGGUAAAGCCCCCAAGCCCAACAUGGCCAACCCGUCGGACGAGAGCAGCAUCAUCCCGGGGCCUCCGUUCCUGUUCGGGGCGUGCUCCGUCCUGCUCUCGCUCCUCGUGGCCCUCUUCAUCCCGGAGCACAACCUGGCGCUGAGAUCGGGCGGCCACAAGAAGCACAGCACCGGGGCCCAGGGCCACAGCCCGCAGGCCGGCGGCUCGGACGGCAAGGAGCCCCUGCUCGAGGACAGCAGCGUAUGAGCUCGGGGGGAAGAGCCUGGCCUGGCUCCCAGAUCCACAUCCAGGCUGCACUUGGCCAGCUGGAGCCGGGGCGCAGCGCGGCCGGGUCGGGGGRACAAAGGAGCUAAUGGACUGUCCCAUCAACAGCUCGGGAGAAGGGAAACGGUUUCCCUUCAAGCCAAAUCUAUCCAGCUGGUGCAAAAAUGGAGUUCUGUCCSCUGGUGCUGGUGGAAAGGGAGAUGCUGAGCUGCACUGCGUGAAGGAAUCGCUGUGUAAAGCAAACCUGCKCUCCUCUGUGAGUGCUGAACUUCAUGGUGUGACCUGCCAAAUGCUCAACUUGCCAGUGAAAAACUAAGGAACUAGUUUUGUCUUUGUUUUAACGUGAGCUAACCAAUCUGCCAGCAAGAAUAAAGCGAGGCGUCCGCCACGUGCCCCCAUCCCCUGCAGGAACUGGUGCUCGCUGCUCGUCCCAGCGCGGCACGGGGCAAACGGCAGCCCCGGCGCGGAAGCUCCCGCCCAGCGCGUGCAGGCGGGGCUGCGCUAACACAGCGAGGAGUCCGUGUGUGAGGAACAGCGGGCGUCCAGCAGAUCCUGCCGAGGUCCCUGUGAAUCUGUCCAUCCCGCUCCGAGCAACACUUGGACAGGAAAUCAACUUGAUCGUGGGGAGGUAACAAAAUUAAGAAGCAAAGUUGCAACUGAGACUGUCCUUAUUCACGAGGGAGAACGGGCAAACGAUGGGAAGGCAAUUACCUGAACAACAAACACGUAGAUGGCUGCAGCAUUGGGAUUCUUGUUGGGCUUGGGUUUUUCCUUUUUUUGUUGAACACUAAGCUAACUUUUGUCUGCUCUUACCUCCAGGGGGGAAUUCAAAAGUGUGGAGGCUUUGUUUUGUUGGAGUGGGUUUUUAUUAUUAUUAUUUYAUCUCUUUAUGGAACUGGAAAGAUUAUUUAGAAAAUGUAGUUUCUUGAGAGGUUGGAGAAACAACUAAACUCCRUUAAGCACUUUGAUAAAGCAUAGUUUCCUGAGAUGGUCAGAGAAAUAGCUGUUUAUCUYGAGCACUUUUAGAAAGCAGGUUGUUUUGUUUUGUGCUUUUUYCCCCCAAACUGCUGCCAUCUGAUGUUAAAACCAGAUAAUAAGUGGAGCUCGCUUUGCUUGGUCCAAAAGAUCCCCACGACGUUUACAGUGACUUGACCUGCCAGGUUUGGCGCACGCCGCGCUCCUGAGCCUGCUCUGAGUGCUGAAACUGCAGCCUCAGCUGCAGGGUUAGGCCGGCCUAGAAGGAGCAGCAGUUGCCUGAGCUGGAGCGUUGAGGGAGCGGAGGAGCGUGCCUGAAAGCUUCCGUGUAGCUGCAGGGAUGCGAAGGGGCAGGAAACGCUUGUUCGCAUCUGCACGAGGUCAGGAGCGAUGCAGGGGGAGCAGAGAACCCUUAAGAAAUGAAAAUACAAGUGCCCAAAGAGGCCGGGCGGGAGCGAGGGGCCGGCGCCCGCGCGGGCCGGGCUGCUCCGUGUCGGCCUGCUCCGUGCCGACUCCGUGCCGACUCUGCGUGGCAGGAAAGCCACGGGAACCUCUUGGAUGUUCACAGCUCCGAGUCGCUGCUCGCUUAGGGCUCAGCUAGAAAUGUCCUUUUASCGCUUUUCUGACCCGCUUGUUGGAGGUGGCUGUUGAAACGAAAGARCUGGGUUUGUUGAGUGUCCCCCUUGCCUGGUACCCAGCUCCGAUGCGGGAGUGUGGAGCGGAGCCGGCCGCCGGCGCCUCCGCGUUCCUCGAGGCCGCUGCGGGGACGCCCCAAACGGUGCCGUUCCUCGGACCGCCCGCGCUGCCCGUGUCCAGCAGACCCUUCCCUGCGGGAAGCCCCAACUUCGCACCCGGAUUUCUGCCCAGCAGCCCCAGCUCCACUGCUCGGAAAUGGUCUGUGUUGGCUGAAGCUUCUCCCAGCCGAUCUGCAACCCCCCYGUUUACACUGUGUGAAAUUCAGCUCAAAUACCUUGUCCCUCACACAAGACCGACGCGAAACGAACCACUGAAUCGUUACCUCAUUCACAGGGAGGCACUCAGACAUUCACGGGUAAAAUAGAAUGUUACAAAGAAGACAAACAUAAUUUAUAUAAUAUAAAUUAUAUAUAUAUAUUUUUAAGAGUCCUUUCCGUUAUUUAAUAGUUUAUGGAAACCUACGUGCUUCUGACCCACUUCCCUUUCGCUUGCUGCUGCCUGAGGCUUCCCGGCCUCUGUCUCCUUGGAGCUUCUUGCCCCUUUUCCGCCUCUGUGAUCCCCUGGUUUUCCGGAGCRCUCGGACUCCUGCGCGUUGUGACGAGCUGAUCCCGGUGGUCCCGAACGUUCCCCCGUCCUGCRGGCACAGAGCAGCUUGCGGAGCCGCUCGGGCCGGGACGCGCCGCCUUCCUCCGCGUUUCCAUCGCCACGAGCAGUGAGAAGGGACUGCGGUGCUCCCACGUCCUGGGAAUGCUCCCCCUUGUCCUGGGGCAGAGGCCAUCCCAAAGGAAGCUCUCCCACCCCUUGGAGCAGGGAGGCACCUGCUGAGAGGGAAGGACUUGGGCCGAGCUGGAAUUACUGGACCUGCAUGAAGAAUCUUCCCGUUCUGAAGGGCUGGUAAUUGUGCAGCUUUCCCGGUGGAGCCUGGAAAACCCGGGCAGAGCAUCCAGCUAGUUCUGCGAAUUUCUGUUCCUUUCGAAGAAAAUAAGACGUUUUUAAAAGAGCCUCUUGUGGGACUGCACUGAGCCGGGAGCAGCGCCGGCCCCGGCUGCGUCGCGCCCUUGCUCCCGCGGCUCC